AUGCUCACUGUUCAACUUAAAGAUAAAGCAAGGAUUUCACAGCUGCCCUUCGAGAAGUAUCCUCACGGGCCAUACAUGACCAAGUGCUGUGAGACCUCGAAGCUGGUGACCUUGGACCGGACUGCCCUAGCGCCCGGCAAAGUGGCGAAGUCCGAGUCGCGGCUGGAGCUCGUGGGCGAGGGCGAGGGGAAUGGGUGCUGCUCGUGCACUGGCAUGAGGAUCGGCGAUCUCGGCGGCGCCCUGCUCGAAGCCGCCAAACUGACGAGGUUCUGGUUCUGCCAGAAGCCGGGAUACGGCUUCUCCCAGAAGGUGGACGAGGAGGAGUCCGGCGGCGGCGUGACCCUGCACCCUCCCGAUGGUUUCUAUUCGCACCAGCACUCGAUACACAGCGGCCACCAUGGCCACAACGCGGAACCCGACCGCGGCUACAUGGACGGCAACCGCUACGUCACGGCCGUGCACCGACCCCUGCCGGCUCUGAACCACUCGAACUCGUCAUGCUCUUCGGCGUCGAACGCGUCGACCGGCGCUGGUCUGUGCGCGACCGCCGUGGAGCCGGCGCCGCCUCUCUACAUCGCCGCACCGCCGGAGGGCUUCGGCCUCGCCGUGCACAACAACAGCCGCUAUGAGAUGUCACAGGACCUCCUCGACAAACAAGUAGAGAUCCUCGAGAGGAGAUACGGGGGGCUGAGGGCCCGGCGCGCCGCCGUGACCAUCCAGCGCGCGUUCAGGAGGAGACAGCUGCUGAAGAAGUUUAGCGCCAUCACUGCGAUGGCCAAAGCCGCCGACUCGACCGCCAGGAGGCUGCAAGAUGGAGCCGAUCACGGGCAACUCGUUAAUGGUAACGACAUAUACGCGAACACUUUGCUGCAGAAGAGUCCGGCGGGUGCGGAGAAGACGUUGGCGCUCACCAGGCCUAUGCGUUCCAUGUCGCUACGCGAGAGACAUGAUGUGGAUUUGAACAACCAUUUACAAUGCGACACCCAGAACGAAGUGGAGGCAAUGGUCGCGAGGGUUCAACAGUCAGCGCACCAGAUACACAUGAUAGCCACCGAGAUGCCGCCGCAUCAUCGCGCCGAUACCGACAGCGGGACUAAGCGUUUCCUGAGGAAAUUUGUGAAGAGCGAGAACUUCCUAGCUGUUGCACACGUGCUUGGCGUCGGUGCCAGGAAGAAGUACAACGUGUGCAGCUGUUCUGUCAGCGGCUCCGUGACAAAUAUAUCGACGUCUUCCUCGCACAAUGACUCGCUGCACAAUCACCAACUGCUGAACAACUCCGGCCCGAUAUACGGCAACCUGCUGUCGUCCGGCGGCAAACCGCUGUCAUCGCCCACCGCCCGUCAGCAGCAACAGCUGGCCGCGAUACAAGCGGCCAACGCCCGUCGCCACCCGCCCGAGGUGCCCAAGAGGACCAGUAGCAUCACUCUGAAUGCCGAGAGCCCAGUGUCUCUCCGCAGGGCGGAAUGCGGCGCUGUUGUUCGUGGCGGCUCCAUGUCCUCGGUGCAGUCAUCGUCGUCCUCCUCCUCCCAGGAGCACCGCCACCACUACCACCAGCCGUACCAGCCUAGAGCGCCGGAGCCGCACGUGCACAUCCAGGAGCAGCACUUCCAGCAGCACCAGCGAACAGCUUCGGGCUCCAUAUACGAGGGUGGGGACCGCUUCGCGGUGUGGAAACGGCAGGAGGCGCCGCCCUACUACGAGGCGCCGCCACCGCCGGGCCCCUGCUGCCGCCCCCAGCACGAGCACCACCCGCACACGCAUCAGCCGAUGAAGGUCACCGCGGUUUCGGAGACGGUGCGCAAACGCCAGUACCGCGUGGGGCUGAAUCUCUUCAACAAGAAGCCGGAGCGUGGUAUAGCGUACCUCAUCUCGCGCGGCUUCCUUGAGAACUCGCCACGCGGCGUGGCCAGGUUCCUCAUCACGAGGAAGGGGCUCAGCAAGCAGAUGAUCGGAGAGUACCUCGGCAACCUGCAGAACCCCUUCAACAUGGCCGUGCUCGAGUGCUUCGUGAACGAGCUGGACCUGUCCGGGAUGGCGGUGGACGUGGCGCUGCGCCGCUACCAGGGCCACUUCCGGCUGCCCGGCGAGGCGCAGAAGAUCGAGCGGCUCGUCGAGGCGUUCGCGAGGCGCUACUGCGUCUGCAACACGGACUUCGUGCAGCGGCUGCGCACGCAGGACACGAUCUUCGUGCUCGCGUUCGCCAUAAUAAUGCUGAACACGGACCUGCACACGCCGAACCUGAAGCCCGAGGCGCGGAUGUCGCUGGACGACUUCGUGCGCAAUUUGCGCGGCAUCGACGACUGCGGCGACAUCGACCGCGACAUGCUCGCCGGCAUCUACGAGCGCGUCAAGGCCAGCGAGUUCAGGCCGGGCAGCGACCAUGUCACGCAGGUGAUGAAAGUGCAAGCGACCAUCGUUGGCAAGAAGCCUCACCUCGCCCUACCUCAUCGACGGCUCGUAUGCUACUGCCGCCUUUACGAAAUACCAGACAUACACAAGAAGGAGCGCCCUGGCGUGCAUCAGCGUGAGGUGUUCCUUUUCAACGAUCUACUGGUGAUAACCAAGAUCUUCAGCAAGAAGAAGUCCUCCGUGACGUACACCUUCAGGCAGUCGUUCCCGCUUUGCGGAAUGGUCGUCAACCUGUUCUCGGUGCCGCACUACCCGUUCGGCAUUCGGCUGUCGCGGCGCGUGGACGGCCGCCGGCUGGCGACGUUCAACGCGCGGAACGAGCACGACCGGUGCAAGUUCGCCGAGGACCUGCGCGAGAGCGUCGCCGAGAUGGACGAGAUGGAGGCGAUGCGCAUCGAGGGCGAGCUGAACCGCGGCAAGGGGCGCGGCGGGGGCGGCGGCGCGAGGAACGUAAUGGAGAAUCGCGAUAGUGGUGUGGCGGACGUCGAGAUCGAUCACCAGCAGUGCAUGGACCAUGUGCAUGUGCACGGAGUGGCGGUGCCACCCCCACCGGCUGGACCAGCGCCGGCGGCACCGUCGCGCCUCUCCCAAAACCCACCACCGACCAACAUCAUUAAGAGGAACGUGCUCAGCAACUCUCUGGUCGACAUCAACGAUCCCGUGGCGCUGGCAGCUGAGAGACUGCAGCGGCGUGGCUCCGUCGGCUCCCUGGACAGCGGAAUGUCCGUCUCCUUCCAGCAGGGCAGCCGGAACGCGCUGCACGCCACAUCGCCGAGGCAUCCGAACGAGCAGCGAUCACCGGGCCGCCUCUUCGGCGGCAUCUUCCCCAGUCGCCAGCGAAAGCUGAGCGCGUCCGGAGUCCUGGACACGAAGGGGCAGGUCGGGAAGAGCACCGAAGUC